AUCGUAAGUGUGCGCUAGUGUAGUUGAGCUACCCCACUGAACACAACAAAGAGUAAGUACCUUAGAUUUCAUCGAUCCGACAUCAAUCAAAAAACUUGCUUGUUUCAGUUUCAGUUUCAUGGCUUCCUCGUUGUCUUCCACUUCACCUUCUGCUGCUCCUACUGUCACUGUUGCAGCUGCAGCUUCCACCAAAUCUGCACGCUUUUCUCAUUCCUCCAUCUCUUUCCCUCGUCUCUCUCCUAAUUCCAACAACUCUCUCCGCUUUUUCACCAAGGGAUGCCCACCUAAUCAUAUGCUAUUAUGCCCCAGGGUUAAGGCUCAACUAAAUGAGGUUGCCCUUGAUGGUUCUUCUAAUGAUGUGCCUCCUAAAGCCAAAUCAGAUGUUGAACCACCGACCGCACCUUCAGUUGAACCAUCUUCUUCAGUCUUGGCAGAUCAAGAAUCAAUCUCUGAACUUUUUGAUCAAAUUGCAAGUCUUGUCAAGCUUGUUGAUUCAAGAGACAUUGUAGAAUUGAAGCUGAAGCAGCUAAACUGUGAAGUAUUAAUCAGGAAGAAAGAGGCUAUGCCUCAACCAGAAUAUGCUCCUCAACCUGCAGUGUUGUAUUCACAACCUUCGCAAACGGCGCCACCUGUUGCGCCAUCACAUACUCUGGCUCUUCCUGCUCCUUCAACACCAAUUUCUCCCCCUCCUGUCAAUCUAACUACAUCAUCACGUCCGCCUCUUAAAAGCCCCAUGGCAGGGACAUUCUACCGAAGUCCUGCACCGGGUGAACCUCCGUUUGUAAAGGUGGGAGACGAAGUAAAGAAGGGGCAAGUCGUGUGCAUCAUUGAAGCAAUGAAAUUGAUGAAUGAAAUUGAAGCUGAUAAGUCAGGGACUAUAGUUGAAAUAAUCGCGGAAGAUGCUAAGCCUGUAAGCGUUGAUACUCCCCUAUUUGUGAUUGAACCAUAGGGCCGACGGAGUAUUCAAGUGGACGGGAUGAUAAUCUGCAAGUCGUGGUAGUUGAGUAGUGUGAGGCAUAUCAUCUAUCCCCAACCCCCAGGUAGAGGAACUGUAGGAAGAUUUUGUUUUGAAUUGGAGUGGUACACAGUUGAGAAGAAUUAGUAGCUUAAAAUGAAUUUGUUCCCAUCCUACUCAUAUUUUUAACUUCUACAUGAUUGGACUAUGUUUUGGUGAACUUUUCUUUUUGGUUUCAACUUUCAGUUAAGUUAAUGUAUCUGAUACUUAUUCUAAGUUUUCUGUCUUUCCAUUUUUCUAA